AAAAGCAAGCAGCAGCAGCAGCAGCACACAACACACACUAUCCCUCAUCUCUCCCACCAGUCGCUUUCUCACUACUUUCUCUCUCUAAAUAAACGCAACUACCUUGGCUUAAUCAACCCUCACACACACUUCUCUACUCAUUCGUUCCCCCAUUUCUUCUCUAACUAAAAAUCACUCUCUCUACUGCCAAAAUUCUUAACAGAAAAAACUCUCACGAAAAUAUGGCACUCGCCCCAUCACGUAAUCCCUAUUUCAUAUCAGCGACACACUCCUAGUCUUCACUCCUACACCAAAACCGCGUUUCUGAUUUCCUUACAUUACAUACACUAUCUAUAUAUAUAUUUAACUGAUUAAGGGCGAGGAAGAUGGAGAGGAAGCAGGGACAGGGGUUUUUCUCGGCUUUAGAGGACGUGGUGCGCGGCCUAUCUCCAGCGAGGUCGCGGGGGAAGAGCCCCGGCCGGAGCAGGUCGCCGAUGUCGGGCCUGCUCCGGCGGAAAGUCGGCGCCAGCAACUCCGACUCCUUGAUUGCGAGAUCGGGCAGCCUCAGGCCCAUGGGAGAGACGCUCACGCCGCUGAUGGAGGGUCCGGAUCCGGACGGAGAGGAAAUCGGCGACUCCAAGCGCCUCGGCUCGGGGCUCGGCCAGUGGGUCCGCGGCCAGCUCACUCGGAAUCCUUCCGUAGCCGUCAAUGACAGCGGCGGAGGAGGCAGGAGGUCUGAUUUGCGGCUGCUGCUCGGAGUAAUGGGCGCCCCGCUCGCGCCGGUCCACGUCUCCGCCUCGGACCCUUUGCCCCAUCUCAGCAUUAAGGACACUCCAAUCGAAACUUCAUCGGCGCAGUAUAUAGUGCAGCAAUAUACUGCUGCUUCAGGCGGGCAGAAAGUCCAGAACGCAGUUAAGAAUGCGUACGCGAUGGGGAAGGUGAAGAUGGUAGCUUCUGAGUUCGAAACAGCAACAAAAGUAGUGAAGAACAGGAAUGUGAGUAGAGCUGCUGAAUCAGGCGGAUUCGUGCUGUGGCAGAUGAGCCCCGAUAUGUGGUAUGUGGAGCUUGCCGUUGGAGGCAGCAAAGUCCAUGCUGGCUGCAACGGCAAGCUAGUUUGGAGGCACACGCCCUGGCUCGGCGCUCACACGGCCAAGGGGCCGGUGAGGCCCCUUCGCCGCGCCCUUCAGGGACUUGAUCCGAGGACUACGGCUAGUAUGUUUGCUGAUUCGAUUUGCAUUGGGGAGAAGAACAUCAACGGAGAGGAGUGCUUCAUUCUGAAGGUUGCUGCUGAUCCUCGGACAUUGAAGGCGAGGAGCGAAGGGCCGGCUGAGAUCAUAAGGCAUGUCCUGUUCGGCUACUUCAGCCAGAAGACAGGGCUGCUGAUUCACAUGGAGGAUUCCCAUCUCACCCGCAUCCAAUCCAACGGCGGGGAUGCGGUCUACUGGGAGACCACCAUCAACUCGUUCCUAGAUGACUACCGGCCCGUUGAAGGGAUCAUGAUCGCUCACUCCGGGCGAUCCGUGGUGACCCUCUUCCGGUUUGGGGAGAUGGCGAUGAGCCACACCAAGACCAGGAUGGAAGAGGCCUGGACGAUUGAGGAGGUGGCCUUCAACGUCCCAGGUCUGUCGAUGGACUGCUUCAUUCCACCGGCUGACUUGGGAUCGGCCUCAAUCAGCGAAACUUGUGAGCUCCCGGUGGAGGAGAGGGGGAAGCCCGGUAACCGGGCGAAAGUUGCAGCGCUGGAGAAGGCUCAGCCUACUUCCAUUGAUAACCUAAUGUGGAAGGUGGAGAUAUGAGGGGGAGUAGUGGUAAAUGUUGAUAUAUGGGGUAGUGCUAGUGCAGUUUCUAAUUUUUACUAACACAGCAGGAAAAUAACAAAACUAGGCUGUAGUAGUUGUGGGUUUUCCUCCAUUAAUCUCUGUUUGUAAGCAGAAUCCAACUAGAGGGGGUUGGUUGGAGCUCAUUUUCCCUGAUUGAAGGUACGGGCAAAUGGAGGCUAAUUUUUUUUUUGUUAGUUUAUAGUCUCAGAUGGUGAAAAGCUUUAAUAUUAGUAUUGGCAAAACCAUUGGGAUAUUUUGUGCCUAAUGUAAAGGGCACUGGCAUUGGCAGUGGCAGUUAGAAAAGGGUAACACUUACACUGCCAAAAUUUGUGUGUUGCUUAGUUGAAGGAAUUCCUCUGUAAACAUCAUCAUCUUGUUAUGUAAUACAGCAGGGAAAACCAGUCCUUUUUGAAUGUUAUGUAUACAGCUGUUUGGUUUUGGUAUUA